AUGGCUCAGGACCACGACAAGGUGGAAAGGAGAAGAAGAGAAGAACGACAAUGUGGAAGAAGAAGAGCAGGUGAGGAUGUGGAUAGACGUGAAGCGACCGGCAACGAAGCUGGUUACGGAGUGCCAUCAAGCGAAGAGGAUGAAAAUGAAGAAGAAGCCGAUUUUCAGCAUCAGAACACGGCAACAAAGCUAGUGGAGAAAGCGAAACAAGCUGCAAUGCCAGCAGACGAAGCCGGAAGAGAUAUAGACGACACAGGACCUCCUCCACCUCCCCCUCCGCGCGAAAAAAUAUUGACGACCCCCGCGGAGCAUGUUCUUUCACAGGGUAUCAAGCCGAGGCAGGAGGACACCAAGAACAGUUCGAAAUCCUCGAAAGAAACGUUGCUUCCGCGCGAGGAAGACGAAGAGGAAAUAAUUCCGGCGGACAACAUGGCCGUUGAAGUUGUGAAAGAAGAUAAGCGACCAGCGGCGGAUGUAUCGAGUCCAAAUCCGGUAGUUAAUGAUGCGGGUAUUGCAGCGGAGAAUGCAGGUGAUACUGCUACUGCUACUGCACUUGUUCAUCCGGGCGAAGCAGAUCGGGAGCUGCUUUUGAAGCUGCUGCAGGUACUGUUUCUGUGUGGGUUUCAUCUGCGUCUUCAUGAAUGUAGAGUGUUGGACCAGCAGAGCGAAAAUUCAAAUUUCAAUUGGCAUUACUUCGGUAGAAAUCUUUUUACGCGGUGUCACUCUACCUAUGACAGUUAUUCUUGUUGCGAAAGCAACAUGGCCAUGGCUACCUCACCCAUGAACGCACAGCAAAACCACGCCCAAAACAGGUUCACGAAGCCCGCGCGGACGGGUUUGAGCAGAGUUUGGGGGAAAUUUUGA